AGGCAGCAUACACUAAUGUUACUAUAUUUGACAAGGCACACACACACACAUAUUCUCCUGCCACAUGCACGACUGCACACACAUACGGGGGAAAAAGAAGAAGAAAAAGAAGAAGAAGAAGAAGAAGAAGAAGAAGAAGGAGGAGGAGGAGGAGGGGAGGUGGUUGUGCACAAAGACACACCGGAAAGACAGCCCUCAAGUGUACACGCGUGGAUAAACACACACAUACACACACUCCGACGCGUGCUGAGUGCAGGAAUCACAAACAUAGCGACACUCAGAGAGGGGUAGCGCAUGACGCCAGCAACACAACGCCGCUGUCUCUCUCUCGCUCUCUCUCGCUCUCUCUCUCUUUUCAGACACACACUCCGUCUCUCUGCUCUCCACACACACUCCGAGACGCACAGCAGCGCACAAGAAGCAGGACAGCGCCGGACGUAUCAUUGAUAUAGGGAAUAGAUCCAGAAGAAAAGGAUUAACUAUCUACCAUCCUUCUCCCUCUAAGGACCUUACCCUCUCCUCCCUCCUCUUGUGUCUCUAAGCCUCUCUUCACCUCGUUUCCCCCCCCCUCCUCUCUACAAUCCCUGAUUUUUCCCCCGUUUCACAAUCCCUCCUUUUUUCACUAUUCAUUGGUGGGUUGAAGGGAAGCUGGGGGAUUGUCUCCAUACAGAAAGAAGGAUUAUUCCUACAUUAUUCGUUUGACCAGGAUCUUGAAUGUAUGGAUUUCUUUAACUGUAGGGGCGGCAGUUUUUCUCUUCGAUGUUUUGUCCUGUGAAAGAUUUUUGAUUUUUUUUAUUAUUAUUUCAUAAAAACAAUAUUCAUGGAGGGAUGGCUGAUGGCAGAGCGCUAUAAGACCGGUGCUGUCUGAGAUAUUUGGUCUUAAGGUGCUUUGGUGUCGCUUGUCACCGCCGCCACCCUCGUGGAGGCUGCAGGCAUGGCGGCUUGACCCCCUCCGUCGCCCCUUUCCUCCGACAGAGGAAGGCCGCAGAGCCCGGCGUCAUGCCCCCCCACACCCACCUCCCCGGGGGUGUCGGCCUGCCCUCAACCAGCGCUGCCAUCUACUUGGCCAGACCCGUCUUGCUCUGUUUCCUCUGCCUGCUGGCUGUGUUGCUGCCGCCGGCCUCCUCCUGCCCUCCUCCCUGCCUCUGCUCCUCAGACAGCCCGGUGGUGGACUGUGGAGGCCGGGGUCUCUCCUCCCUGCCUCCCCUGCACCUACUGCCUCCGGGGAGUCGCUCCCUCCUGUUAGCCAACAACAAGCUCGCCUCACUGGGAGCCUCUGCCUUCACUAACCUCUCCUCUCUGGAGGAGCUGGACCUGUCAAAUAACUACCUGGAUAAUUUACCAGCUGGAUUAUUCAGAGACAUGUCCAACCUGACAAGACUGACUCUGCACAACAACUCACUAACAGUAAUGGACAGAGACCUCUUCCAGGGUUUGGGUGGGCUUCAGAGUCUGGACCUGUCACUGAACGGACUGUCCUCGGUUCCUCUUGGCCUGCUGGACGAGCUGCAGAGCCUCAGGUGGCUGUCCCUAGCGGGUAACAGGCUUCAUGGUUUGGAGAGGGCAGCGUUUGAGCCACUGGCCAACCUGCAACACCUGGAACUGGGACACAACCCGUGGGAAUGUGACUGCAACCUCCGCGACUUCAAACACUGGAUGGAGUGGCUGCUGUACAGAGGGGGGAAGGUGGAUGCAGUGGAGUGCACGCUACCGAAGGAUCUGCGUGGGCGAGACAUCCGCGGCGUUCCAGUGGAAAUGUUCAACUACUGCCUCCAACUUGAGGAUGAGAACGGUGGAGGAGGAGGUGAGGGUUCUCGUUCUGGACAAGGUGGCGGCCCUCCCUGCAGCAGGAAUAAUCUGAAUCCUAGCGGGGCGACACCGAUUUCUGACAACAGCGGCAGCACUGCUGAUGACUCCUCUUCGAGCACCGGAGGCGGUGGAGGCGGUGAGGCCCCGUCGGAUUGUGUCAGAGCCCGCUACCGACCUGUGAGCGUGCGGCGCGCCAUCGGCACGGUGGUGAUUGCUGGCGUGGUGUGCGGCAUUGUUUGCAUCAUGAUGGUUGCAGCCGCCGCUUACGGCUGCAUCUACGCCUCCCUGAUGGCCAAAUACCAGAGAGAGCUAAAGAAGAGGCAGCCACUGAUGGGAGACGGAGAAGCUGAUGGGGAGGACAGGGAGGAGAAACAGAUCUCCUCUGUAGCCUAGAAAGAGUGACGGGUCAGGGGAGGGUUGGCAUGUCAAAGGGUGAAGGUUGGAAGGGGUGAAGAUUAAAAGGGCUCAAAGAGGAGAGAGAUGGCCGAGCUGGUUUUAUACACACAGAUAGAUGCAGUAUCUCUUCCUCUGACUCUCAAACUGACACCUCUCUCCCAGUUUUUGUCUUCCUUUCUUCGUCCUGAUUCUAUUUUUAACCUUCUCCCUCCCUGUCCCUCUCUCUAACGUACUCUCUCACACACAUACCUAUCUGCUCCCUGAUUUUCUCUUCCAUUUGGACCCACUCUUGCUGCAGCAUUUGUUACCAAUCAUCCCUCCAACUCGCCUACCAGCCACCUACUGCUGCUGAAUUUACCAUUAUAUUGGCUUGGAGGGAAAAAAAAAAGAUUUGGUACUCUCUCUCUGGUGUGAAACAUAUCAUUAGAGCUCUUACAGAACACUCAUGGUGUUUAGUCAGUCUGUAUUUGGAAGCCUAGACUGAAAUUUCAGGGAUUCAUAGCAUGUAUGCUGUUGAUUGGACCAAUAUUCACAAUAAUUAGACAAAUUUGUGGUAGUAGGUAGUGCCCAGUUCUAGUUUUAUUUGCAUCUCCUUCUCAGCCUCUCCAAAGCCAAUAGUUCCUCCAAGAAACCAGGACCCCUGCCCAGAUUCCUUCACCCUCUUCUGGCCUAAUCCUCCUCUGAUUUUUCCUUGAAAUCUCCUCAAAUUGGGGGGGAACGGAGGAAAUUUUAUGGAAUCUCAAAAAAGAGAUGCAAUUUAUACACUCAAAGCUUCUCUGCUGUGUUGUAACAGAGAGAAUAUUGAGGAUACAUGAAGUGUCGAUGGGAAAAUCAAAGACAGUGAGUCUCUAGUAUCUUCAAGGAAACUGUCUGGAUUGAUAAAGUGAUCAUUCACCGAUCACUAGACAUUUCAAAUACAUGAUGGUGGGGGCACUCAUCCCUAUUUGGACCCUGACUUUCCUCCGGAUCUUCUGUGGACUAAAUAGAUCCUCAACGUGUUCCCCACUGGAGCUGAGCAUGAGAUUCUACAGUGAAUCUUAUCAAUCAGUUCAACCAUUUUACUGGAAUUUGAACUUGCUGUAUUCUUCAGAAAAAGGCUCUUGCUGAUUUGAUGCUUGUUAAAUGGUUACGAUCAAUGUGUGGACGGAUCAAAAAACCUCUUAUCGUGGCGAAAAAGCGGUCAAAUUAAUUUUCCGUUGUUUCUGGAUCAGAAAAUGUCUAACUGAGAUUCAAAGGACCACAGAUGCUGCUUCAAAGCAAAUAUUCUUUGUUCCAAACUCAUUUUCAGACUGAUUUCACUCCCUCAGGGGUGAAUGUUUGCUACUACAGCACGAAAAAAAAAAAAAAAAACUAUCUCAGAGAACCCUGUCUCCUGGCAAGGACUUCAAAAUCUCAUCUAAGGACUACAAACUUCAGACUCCUGCACUUUAUUUCCCUAAUCAGAUCCCCUCUUGCCUCUCUCUCGCUCUCCCUCAUCCUUCUCUUCCUUUCUAAGAUGGACGAAUUGCCCAGAGGGAUUAUAAAUAAAGAGGGAUUAAACAACAACAACAAAAAAGAAAACGCUGCUAUUUUCCCCCUACUCUUCUCAUCCCUUUAUCUCUCUAUCCAUCUUUCCAUCCAGUGCUAUUUGUGGAAAAUUUUUCACACUCCUUAAAGACUUCCACCUCCAUCAUUUCCUUUCAUUCAUCCUCCCAUAUUGUUGUAUGUUUUCCUCAAAAGGUCUGCAAUAUGCAAUGGAAGUUACGUCACCAUGACACAGUGUUUCUGUUAAAAAUCUUCACUUACUUGAGAGGAAUCUGCUUGAUUGACACGUAAAUUCACAAAAAAAACCCUGUUUGUUUGCUUUACAUAGUGUUUUUUAAUCAGUAUUCUUAGUUACACGCUGAAAUUUUCAUGUAAAGAUUUUACAGUUGGCAGAGCAAGAGAGUAAUUUAAGCAGCGUUCAUUGCAUAUUGCCCCCCUACAGUAAAACUGUUGUUCCCCCUCAAUUUUUGAUUGGCUGGAAAUCAACCUAUAUUACUAGUGUGUUAUGUUAUACCCGGGUAUGAUGCAGAUAAAUAUUAUUAUACUAGUCUACUGUGGUGUGUUGGCCCAGCGAUCCCAAAAAUGUUUAUGGUUUCCUGUAUCAAAUUCAUGAUGUAUGUCUUUUGUUGUGUUAAUGGAUUCUAUGUUUUGUUUUAGGUUUUAAUAUCUCUGUAAUGUUUAUUUGUUGUGUCCAUUUAUUUGUGUUCAGUAGCUGGUAAAGUUUCUGUAAGAAGCAUAGACAGAGUUUGGAUCAUGUGUGAAAUACUGCCUCAUCUCUGAGAUUUAUUUGGGUGACAUUACUUGGCAAAGAGUUGUGGACGACGACAGGUCAUUUCAAGUGUGAUUUUUAUAUUUCACAAAUAAUUAUUCAUGAUGCAUCUUAUUUGAAAUCGCAAAUAGCAUUUAUGUUCCCUCUAUUGCAGUUCUUGAGGUGUCUACAAGAUGUUAGGUUCCAUCAGUUUUUUAAUUGACUACAUAUCUAAAUAUAAUAACUGCAAUCCUUAAGCUGUGGUUAAGAUGUGACAACUAAAUCAGGCAGGAAAGGAUAGAUAAAAGUCACAGUUAAAUAAUAAAAGUGUCUUCAAAGAAAUUAAUUUUGAACAUAGUUAUAUCCACCAUCCUGCCUCUACACGACGGAUAAACCGAUUAUUGGUCUGGUCGAUUAUUGUGGCCAAUAUUUGUUAUUUAUUCGACCAUCGGUAUCUGUAAACUAUUGGCCGAUUAUUGAUACAUUAAAUGUGCUACUUCAGGUCUAAUGCAGCCUCCUUUCUCUGUCUGUCGUCCCUCUGUGUUCUCAGAAAUGUCUCUCAAUCUGAGAAUGCGCAAACCGAACGAGAAACACAAACUGUUGCCACAAAUCAAGAGAUUAGAAACUCUCACAGCGGCUAAGGCUAUGCUAACAGCUAGCGGCUAAGUUAGACGGCAGCCACAAAUUACCCCGAAACUGAGUCUGGCCAACAGCAAUUAAUAAUGAUUUAAGAUACAGACAAUAAUGGGCAAUAAAAAUGACAGAAAAGUGAAAUAUAAAGAAGGUAGAGAUGAAUAGCAGUGAGAACUGCAGAAAACAGACUGAUCAGUCCAAAGCGUCCUAAUUUAAUCACCCCAUUUCUAUUUUAAAUAUUCAGUCACUUAAUCAAUGAAAAAUCCUAGUUAUGAAAGACAGGUUCUCUGCGAUCACAUGCUGUUAAAGCAUUACAUGUAAUGUACAUCAGUUUCAAAUAUUACUUAUCGGCCUUUCUUGAUAACAAAUAACCUGCAUCAGUAUCAGCCCAGGCGAACCCAUAUCGGUCAAUCCCUACUCUACACAUUUACAUUACAUUAUACUAUUCCUGGCAUCAGAGGAGAUAACCCUGAAUGCUUGCAUACAAAUGUAAUUUGUAGGAAACUGGGCUGGUAGGUUUCAUCACAUGAAAAGUCAGGAUGCACAAAAGCUGAAUAAUGGCCCGUAAAGACUAUCUCAUCCUCGCUAAUGUAAAGAGAUGUCAAGCAAGUAAAAGGAAUUUCCAUAUAAGCUUCAUACUGGGAGUCUUCCAGGCAUGCAUGAACACAUACUGAAUUUAAAUAAGAGGCAUAACUUAUCCUUCAGAGGCUCAGAGGCAGUAACCUGAAAGAAAGCAGCAGCUAAACUCUGUCUAUGAAUCGAGAAACGUUGUCCUCUCACCACCUCCUGGUCUGCAGGUCUUGUGUUGGUGGUAGCUAAGUAUCUUAGCUAGCUCAGUCCUGUUUCCUAUAGCCUGUGAGUGUAAAGACUAAUAAAUUAUAGUUUGCUACGUAAAAACUGCAGCAGCCAUGAUGACUGAGGGCUUUGACGUCUGCACAGCCCGGAAAUCGACGGUGUGUUGUGUUACUAUGACGACUGUGAUUAUGAUGAUGAUGAUGUGAUGACGGUGAUGAAGCAUUUCCUGGUCAAUAUGCAUCGAUUUAAAUAAAAAAACAUAUCACACCGAUGUCAAAUUUUA